GCUCAGUCCACUCUGGAGAUGACAGCAGGAGCUCCGCGCCUCUGCCUCGGCCUCGCUCUCCUGCUCAGAUGCGUCACCCUGCUGGCUCUCCCGCCGCACAGUCCGGGGAUGCAGGACGCUUUGGAUGCGACGGAAACGGCCAGGCAGAAGCAGGACGCUCUGUUCUAUCUCAAGGAUAUACCCCGACCAGCGGAGGCUCCACAGAAGAAGGCUCCUCAGUUUAUGCUGGAUCUUUUUAACGCGGUCUCAGUCGCCGAUGGGACCCCGAAAAGCCAGACGGACAUUCUGGAAGGAAACACGGUGCGGAGUUUGAACGAUAAAGGUCAGGCUGGAGACAGUUUUCACUUCUUUAACUUGUCAUCUGUCGGCAGAGAAGAGAGAAUGAUCAAAGCGCAGUUCCGCUGGUUCCGAAAGAAAAGGAAGUUUUACCUUGGAAAGUUGCACAUUCCUCAUUUCUACAAGGUGGAUCUGUAUGAGGUGCUGGACAACUGCGUGAAGCCAUGUCGAGGAAACCUCAUCACCUCCAGACUGGUGCCGCUCUACACUCAAGGAUGGGAGGUCUUCAAUGUCACUCAAAUGGUAUCCAAGUGGAUCCAGAACAGUGAGGAGAACAACGGCAUCCUGGUGGUGACUGCACUUCCGUCUGGUAGCUGGAUGGAGUCUGCGUUGUAUUCAUCUAAGCAGGAUGUAGAGCUGAUGGAUACGAGCACCUACCUGGUCAUAUUCUCACAAGACAGGCGGGCCGGAGCGUCAAACCAGUCGUACUUUGGACAAACCCAACCUGAACCAGCUGCCCCCGAGCACCGCGACCACCGCAGCAGAAAGCCACGUGCGUCUCCGGGUAUCGCGCCGCUCGACCAGCACUGCCAGCGCAUUUCCCUGUUCGUCGACUUCGAAGAGAUCGGCUGGUCGGGCUGGAUCAUCUCUCCCCGUGGAUACAACGCCUACCACUGCACGGGCUCCUGCCCCUUCCCGCUGGGGGUGGGCGUCAGAGCGACGAACCACGCCACAGUGCGUUCUAUCAUGCACGCGCUCAAGGUCGCUAGAGAUGACGUGGAGGCGCCCUGCUGCGUGCCCGACACGCUCCAGUCCAUGAGUCUGUUAUAUUUUGACGAUGAGGAGAACGUGGUUUUGAAGCAGUAUGACGACAUGAUGGCGUUAAGCUGUGGUUGUCAUUAAGCGCCCGUGUGUCUCCGGGAACAGUAGGGGUAAAGGUAUUCCUGAGUUUCUACAGUUUCGGUAUUUUUGCUGGUAUUCAGCUGAGUAAUGAAGUAACCAUUCAUCAGCAGUCCUUUUACUAGCGCAGCUCAAGAAUCAAGACUGCCAAACAGAUGCCAAUAAUAUGGUUGCCAACAUGCCAACAUUUAAUGAUCUUUAGUUGUUCUGCGUAUCUUCUUUUUUUUAUAUAUAUUCUGAUUUUUAUAUUGUGCCCCUGAAGCGCCCACUUCAGGUUCUUCUGUGACACUGAUGUCCACGAGGCCGAGUCAGCCCAUGUGGUUUGUCCCAUAAAAUAAUUACUUUUUUAUCUGGAAUUAUGUUACUGGUGCUCUGGCAAACAUACAGUAAACUUUCUUUGUUGAUUUAUUAUCUUCACUGUUUUGGUCUUUAAGGGUAGCCUACAUUAAAAUGUUGAAAAAUGCUC